GCCGCGCCCCUCGCUUCCCAGGAGCCGGAGGACAAUCACUAAACACUGCCGCGCGCAGCGCGCGGCCGGGAACCACCGCCUCCUUCUGCCAUGACUGCGGGGCAUGCGCAGUGCGACUCCGGAACCCCGUCUCCCCAGACGGAUCCGCUUUCCGCGUGUUCACUGACGCCGCGGGCCGCGCAGGGGCGGGAGAUAGUGACGCGGUCCAAGCGGACCGUGAGUAGUUGGAGGUUCUGUCUUUGAUCUACUCCGCGUCCCUGCGCUUCUCUGAGGCCUGAGACUCUCGCGAAGGCCGCCCAGGCCAGUCCCGUCCGCUGCAGGGAGCCUGGCCGUAAGGGGCAACGGGAGGUUCUUGACGCCGCCCUGCACACGAGCCCCAGGGCCUUCUGGAGGGUCCCGAGCUACUCUGGUCGGGCUUCGCACUAGCGGUAGAGGCCUGGCUUGGCCAGCGCUGGGGGUUAGAGCGUUUGAUGGAGAACCACACCAGCCUGGGCGGGGCCUCCCGAGUCCCGCCCUCGGCCGCCUCCGAAACACGGACCGGAUAUGUGACCAGUAGGAGUGGCGGCCGCUCUAGUAGUUCCGCUCCAAGGGCGGAAGUGGCCGUCCGAGGUUUGGGCGGCUGACCAGCCAGCAACAUGGUGGUACCCGUGCUGGAGACUUCUCACGUGUUUUGCUGCCCAAACCGGGUGCGGGGAGUCCUGAGCUGGAGUCCCGGGCCCGGAGGACUUCUGGCCUUCGGUACUUCCUGCUCUGUGGUGCUUUAUGACCCUCUGAAAAGAGUGGUUGUUACCAAUCUGAAUGGACACACUGCCCGAGUCAAUUGCAUACAGUGGAUUUGUAAACAGGAUGGCUCUCCUUGUACUGAAUUAGUUUCUGGAGGAUCUGAUAAUCAAGUGAUUCACUGGGAGAUAGAAAAUAAUCAGCUUUUAAAAGCAGUUCAUCUCCAAGGCCAUGAAGGACCUAUUUAUGCCGUACAUGCUGUUUACCAGGGGAGGACAUCAGAUGUUGCGUUACACACACUGAUAGUUUCUGCAGCCUCAGAUUCUACUGUUAGACUCUGGUCUAAAAAGGAUUCAGAAGUAACGUGCCUUCAGACCUUAAACUUUGGAAAUGGAUUCACUCUGGCUCUCUGCUUAUCUUUUUUGCCUAAUACUGAUGUCAGUCAGUCUCUUUGUCUCCUCAGUAUCUACAGGACAGGCCAGGUGGAGAGAGGCAAGACCUGGAAGCUGCCAGCUUCUCUUGCCUUCUGCAGUAGGUGCUGCAACUUCAUGGUUUCAUGUUAUGCUUCUGUUUUGUGCAAGGGCUCCUGGAAGGAGAAGCUGCACACAUUCUGGUCUCAUAACAUUGAAUUUCAUUUCUUCCUGUCUACACUGAGGCCAAUACCAAUAUUAGCGUGUGGUGAUGAUGACUGCAGAAUUCACUUAUUUGCUCAACAAAAUGAUCAGUUUCAGAAAGUGCUUAGUCUCUCUGGACAUGAGGAUUGGAUAAGAGGCGUGGAAUGGGCAGCCUUUGGUGGAGAUCUUUUCCUAGCAAGCUGUUCACAAGAUUGCCUGAUAAGAAUAUGGAAGCUGUAUGUAAAAUCAACAUCUGUGGAAACUCAGGAUGAUGAUAAUAUAAGACUGAAAGAAAAUACUUUUACCAUAGAAAAUGAAAGUAUUAAAAUAGCAUUUGCUAUUACACUGGAGACUGUGCUAGCUGGUCAUGAAAACUGGGUAAAUGCCGUUCAUUGGCAACCUUCAUUUUAUAAAGAUGGUAUUCUACAGCAGCCAAUGAAGUUGCUGUCUGCUUCAAUGGAUAAAACCAUGAUUCUCUGGGCUCCAGAUGAAGAGUCAGGAGUUUGGCUAGAACAGGUUCGAGUAGGUGAAGUAGGUGGGAAUACUCUGGGAUUUUAUGAUUGCCAGUUCAAUGAAGAUGGCUCCAUGAUCAUCGCUCAUGCUUUCCAUGGAGCAUUGCACCUUUGGAAACAGAGAGCAGUUAACCUGAGAGAGUGGACUCCAGAAAUUGUCAUUUCAGGACACUUUGAUGGUGUCCAAGACUUAAUGUGGGAUCCAGAAGGAGAAUUUAUCAUCACUGUUGGUACCGAUCAGACAACUCGACUUUUUGCUCCAUGGAAGAGAAAAGACCAAUCACAGGUGACUUGGCAUGAAAUUGCAAGGCCUCAGAUACAUGGAUAUGACCUGAAAUGUUUGGCAAUGAUCAAUCGUUUUCAGUUUGUGUCUGGAGCAGAUGAAAAAGUUCUUCGAGUUUUUUCUGCACCUCGAAAUUUUGUGGAAAAUUUUUGUGCCAUUACAGGACAAUCACUGAAUCAUGUGCUUUGUAAUCAAGACAGUGAUCUUCCAGAAGGAGCUACUGUCCCUGCAUUGGGACUAUCAAAUAAAGCUGUUUUUCAGGGAGAUAUACUUUCUCAGCCUUCUGAUAAAGAGGAGCUGUUAACUAGUACUGGUUUCGAGUAUCACCCGGUGGCCUUUCAACCCUCCAUACUUACUGAACCUCCCACUGAGGAUCAUCUUCUGCAGAAUACAUUGUGGCCUGAAGUUCAAAAACUAUAUGGACAUGGUUAUGAAAUAUUUUGUGUUGCUUGUAACAAUUCAAAGACACUGCUUGCCUCAGCUUGUAAGGCAGCUAAGAAAGAGCAUGCCGCUAUCAUUCUUUGGAACACCACAUCUUGGAAACAGGUGCAGAAUUUAGUUUUCCACAGUUUGACUGUCACGCAGAUGGCCUUCUCACCUAACGACAAGUUCUUACUAGCUGUUUCCAGAGAUCGAACCUGGUCAUUGUGGAGAAGGCAGGAUAUAAUCUCACCUGAGUUCGACCCAGUUUUCAGUCUCUUUGCUUUUACCAACAAAAUUACAUCUGUGCACAGUAGAAUUAUUUGGUCUUGUGAUUGGAGUCCUGAUAGCAAGUAUUUCUUCACUGGGAGUCGGGACAAAAAGGUGGUUGUCUGGGGUGAAUGCGACUCCAGCGAUGACUGCAUUGAGCACAACAUUGGCCCCUGCUCCUCAGUCCUGGACGUGGGGGGCGCCGUGACAGCUGUCAGCAUCUGCCCAGCACUCAGCUAUUCCCAACGAUAUGUGGUUGCAGUAGGAUUGGAGUGUGGAAAGAUUUGCUUAUAUACGUGGAAAAAGACUGAUCAAGUUCCAGAAAUAAAUGACUGGACCCACUGUUUAGAAACAAGUCAAAGCCAAAGUCAUACACUUGCUAUUAAAAAACUAUGCUGGAAGAAUUGCAGUGGAAACACUGAAAAGAAUGAAGCAGAAGGUGCUGAGUGGUUACACUUUGCAAGUUGUGGUGAAGAUCACACUGUGAAGAUACACAGAGUUGACAGACGUGCACUGUAAUGGACUUAGUAACUACAUGCUUGCAGUCAUUGGUAGCUUAAAAUAUUUAUCAUGUAAAUAGAUCACCUUUCUUUACCUUUAUAAUUAAAUUGGGUUUCAUUUUA